AUGAAGAUUUUCAGCAGGGUCAAGGAGCUCUUCAGCCGCGAGCGCCGCCAUCGAGAACCAGAUUCGAUGGCGACUUCCUCGAAUACAACCUGUGCGCCCUAUUCUCAAGGACCAGACCAGUCUAAGAAGCGAGGGAAGAUCUCGAGGAUCGGCGCCGAGCGUACAGUUAUUUACAACGAGCCGCCCGCGUAUACCAGCGCAACAACCACCAAGAGAGCAAACUGUUUGCUACAUGUCGAUAUUGAACCUACAUCAACCUGGAACUUUGGCGAUUUCGUCUUAGGUUUCGACCGUGAGAUCGAUUAUUCAAUUCCGGAUAGUCAUAGCGUUACAACUCCGGUCUCACUACAACAAUCCAUACUGCCGGCCAGUUCGGUGACUCCGCCACGAGCCCUGGUCACUCCGCUUGCUACGUCACAUGUUUCGAUGCCCUCCACUCUCUCGAAUACUUCACCUUCAUCCAGUCGCUCUGUCGUCUCGAAGUCUUUAUCGCUUGAUACUUCCCAGAGUCAAUCGACUAUCUUGAUUGACUCUGGAGAGUCUGGCAAGUCGUCGUUGACCCACAUCGACGAUGCCGAGGUUGUACCGCCCACUGUUAUCGACAUCCUUGUAGGUGAAGCCAGCGUACACAACAGCUCCAAGAAGCAAGACUCUGUGUCGGUAGUGCCCGAAGGAGUCUCGAGGUCGUGUGAUCUGGAAAUGACAGAACAUGAAGAUGGUGUUGGUCAUAUUUCUAGUGACACUACAUCUGUCAAAGUCGAAGACUCGAAUUCAGAUGACGAGGAGGACCGGGAGCCGCUGCACCGUCAUGACUGGGACACCAUUCACAAGAUCCCAGACCUUCACUUCAAACAACUCAUCCUGUCGACGAUUUCCCGAGCAGACUCCGGGGCGACUACUAUCAACGAUUGUAGUGUCAAUGCACGAAACGAUGGCGGCUUCAAUCAUAUCGUAUACAUGACUAUGCUGCAUAAUAAUACGGUGCAGCGCCUUAUUGUGCGAGUGCCGGCGAUCGGGACGUUUGCUCGCUGGCAGAAUGGGGAUGCACACAAUAUGCGAUGCGAGAUGGCUCUUCUGGCACAUCUUCGCAAGACCACCAGCAUACCUGUACCUGAGGUUCUUGCCUUCUCUGACAACCUCGAUACGCCCAUUGGUGCACCGUUUUGUAUUAUGAAGCAGUUGCCAGGCAAGCCUGCUCAUCGUAUUUGGUUCCAAGAUCCCGCCAACCGCAAUCACGUCACUGCAAACGCUGUCACCGUGGCAAACGAGACCAAGCGCUGCAAUACUCUUCGAUCUCUUGCACACUUCAUGGCACAGUUGGCGACGCUGACAUUUGACAAGAUUGGUACACCAGAUCUCAUAAACCCAUCUUGUGGUGAAGAACCGCACAACGUCACGCAUUCCUAUCGCUGGAAGAAUGCAUAUCAGGUGACAGCUAGCGAUCUCGAAAAUGAGGGCCAGAUCUACCAAUAUGGUCCUUUUGAGAACAGCGAGGAGUACAUGAUCUCAACGCUCGAAGAAUCGUGGCCUCUCACCCCCGAUGCGGAUUUCGACCCAGAUGACAAGGAUGACCAAGACACCUGGAACAGCUGUUACGGUAUACGCCGGAUCCUCGACCUCAUCUAUGUGCAACCAGCUAUAGCUUUCUCGUUGCAAGACCCUGACGACAUCUUUGAGCCAGAGUCGUUCGUCCUCCGGCAUCCUGACCUUGACUUCCAAAACAUCCUCGUUAAUGACGAUGGUUAUGUCACAGGCAUCAUCGACUGGGAAGGCUGUAUGGCCGUUCCUCGCUGCGUUGGAUACGCUUCAGUUCCCGACUUCUUACGCCGCGAUUGGUCUAAGGGCCAUUCGCUGCGCGACUCUCCACAUAUGACAUGGAUGCUCCAACACUACCGCCAGGUCUAUGCUGAUGCGAUGCGAGAGACCGGAGCGCCAGAGGCAAAGUACACGCUCAAGUCUGCCAUGUAUCGAGCUGCCGUUGAGGCGGUGAACGAUGGCUCGCCCACGGAUCUUAUCAAGAAGAUCUUUGUUCACAUUCCUGGUCUAUGCAUGACAGACGUCGAUGAGUUUCAGCAGUUUCUUGGAGAGGGAUGGCCCGAGGCGCUGAACUAUCUUGGCCAGGAGUUGAAUACCUUGUUCAAGCCUGUGGCUUUUUAG